AUGCCUUGGGCCAACAUCAAGCGCUUCAUUCUCAUUCCUAUUACCUCUAUGGUUACCUCGCCACCACACUUUUCCAUCCAACUGAGUUCUCCGCGGCCUCCGCCCGAAAGAACGAUUCAGCGUCAAAUCCCCGCCGCACUUUCCGGCCCAGUUUUCGGCCCAGUGGAUAGUAAUGUUUGGGAAAUCAGCAGAAGGGAGGCUCUCCCACUGGAAUUCCAUCUCCUCCUCUUCGGCCUUACCCCUCUUGCGUUGAAGGCGUUGGAAAAGCUUCUCGACGGUGAUAUCCCUUCUGGGGUACCCAGUGACAGGGACAUGCUGGGGCGUCUUGACUCUGGUAGAGAUAGCAUUGGAACUAAAUACGGUGAAGUAGGAGUCCGCCUUUUGCCGGGCGUUCUUCCACUGCCCACUUUCAGCAUCGUAUACCGUAACGGUCCUGCCGUUCUUGUACACAUUGCGAGUCUCAUGGGCAAGCUGCCUGAUGACGACGCAAGUCAGCUUCAGGCGGUCCGCUACCUCGCGGCAAAUCUCUUCCGUAACGGCGAUAGGCACGUCGUUAUUCACGUAUCGUCGAUCCUUGGUCUGGUUGGGAUCGACGAUCCAGGAAACUCGAAUCUUUCUCUUUGGCACGAUACUAUUCAUGUAUCUGUACUUCCAUCUCUCUGUACCCUGAUCAUUGGUAGUGGAUUGAGGGUUCUGGAUACUCAUCAGUUCCUAUAUCUGAUGUGCGUGGAUGGUCACAUAAGGUCGGUUGCUUGUCUGGGCAGUUGUCCAGUCUGUUUUUCAGUUAUCUGA